UUAGUCUCAGGCCCAUCAUCGAUGACGUCUUCGGAAUAGUUCUAUAUCUCUCGAAAACCACCCGUUGUUCGUUCUUUCUCUCUCUCAUUUUGUGCCUCCAAAUCUCCACAACAUCGUCUUCUCUCGUCAGCAACGUUUCCGUCGGAGACACUGACACUUUUGGAAGGAAACCAGAGAAUACAUAUUUCGAGAGAGGAGAAAACAAGAUGGAUCAGAAUAGAGGAAGCGAUGUUGGCUUUGCGGUGCCGAUGUUACCCGUCAAUUAUGCAUCGGCUACUCAAAAAAUGUCAACGUUGGCAUCCACUUCAUCAGCCGGUGCUUCAUCAUCAACAGGUAGCAGCAACCAACAGCAGCAACAGGCAGCUGCUGUGAUCCGAAGACGUCGUUUCAGCACUGCAAAAAUUCAGCCAACACGCAUAAAGAAGGUUAUGCAAAGUGAUGAGGAUAUCGGAAGAAUGGUUCAGUCAGUUCCUGUCAGCAUCGGAAGAGCAAUGGAGCAUUUUGCGGAGAAGUUUUUACAGGCUGCCGCAGAAGCUACUCAAUUCACAUCUUCAAAGACGCUAAACCCUCAACACAUGAAGCAGGCGGUUCUCAACACUCCACACUUUUCAUUUCUAGAAUCAGUCUUCAAAGAUGUUGCACUUCCACAGCAAGCAUCUGAAUUGAAUACUGCACGUACCGGCAUGACAUUGAGAGGACAGCAAAUGCUCCAAGAGCAACAAAAUUCAGAUUUUGCUAGUGCAAUUCUUGCCAAUGCGCAGAUGCAAAUGAUGCAAAUGGAUCAACAAGCAUUGAAACAAGAAGAUGGAACUAUUUCUCCUUAUUUAGUUGAUCCGCAAUCCCCAGCAGCACCACUUCCACUUUAUCUUCAAGGGAUUCCAUCCAAUUAUCCAGUAGUUCAAGAACUCACAGCCACCGUACCACUUUCUCCUAGCACUCCGACAACUCAACUCGUAAAUGGUAUGCUAGGAAUGCUCAAAUACUCGAAAAAAGAUUCUGAAGGACAACGUCUCACAGGAUUAAAACGAGCAUCUACUGAUGGUGAUGGAGAAGACAGACCAAAGCGAGGACGCCCAAAGAAGUUAAAACCUGAAAAAUGUAUUGAUGAUGAUCUCUACGAGGAAGCUUCUAGGAAUAUAGCCAAGGAAGACAAGGAUCGCGAGUUGAUGCCUCCUCCAGCACUGCCUAUUGGCCGUCCGUGAUCCUCACUUCUCUAUGAGAAAUUUUAUUCUUCUCCUAAUCGUGUACUUUUCAAUGGUCUCGUUGCCCUCCAUUUCUGAUCUAAAUUUCUCCUUUUCUAUUGCUCCAAGUUAAGAAAAAAAAAACAAAUCCUCACCGGGUCUACCCUAUUCUCUAUUUCUCUUGUUUUAUUCAUUUUUUGUCGUUCACUGGCAAAUCAAAAUUUAAUCACUUCGAUGUUCUCCCAAUAUGAACCAUUACCGACCCACACCUUCAUAAAUCAGGAUGCUCGUCGCUUUUCAUUAAACCUUCCAAAUGUUCUCUGUCAUAUGUUUAACUUGUUUUGCUCUUUGUCUCUCUAAUUCAAUUUUUCUCUUCAUUUUUAUAUUUGUCAUGCUUUAGAAUUCAAUUUCCGUUUUUGUAGUAUUUAAUAUAAAAAUUAUUCAACCAGAAAA